AUGGCCUCCCAUCCGGGAACGACGUCCCCAUCACAACAACAAGCGCCCCCGCCCCCGAACUCCGCAGCCCCUGGCGGAUCGACCACGACAGUCGGUGGCAGCAGCUGGACAGAACCGCCCUGGUGCGGGUGGAUAGAGACUACAGGCGAUGCGCUUAUCAUCCUCGAGGCCGCCCGCCGCGGCCUCAUCCCACGCGUCACCCGGCGUCUCGUCGACGCCGAACGCAAGAUGAUCACAUCCGGCUCCGUCUUCGUAUUCGACGAGGACGAGAGCGGCAUCAAACGCUGGACAGACGGCUUCUUCUGGAGCCCCUCGCGCAUCCUGGGCAAUUUCCUGCUCUAUCGCGAGACCGACAAACGCGGCGCUGGUCACAGAGGUCGCUCCGACAGAGACACCAAUGAGCCUACCAGCGGCUCUCUCCUCGUCAACGAACACGGCCAAUACUCAGAUACGAAGGACCACCAGAGCCUCAGCAGGCCCAAGGGCGAGUCCAGCUCGCUCGGCCUUGAUAAACAUCGUGAACGCACUCUGGUCGGAAGUCUGACCAACAGUUAUAAAUUCAAGCCCGACGGGAUGAUGAAAAAGACGUUCUCCCUCACUAUCGGCGGCGUUUCGCAGCAUUUAAUCUCCUAUUACAAGAUCGAAGAUGUCGAGCAAGGUCGCCUCCGGACGCCAUCGUCCCUCCCAGAACUCGCCUCUCUGGACAUAUCCCCCGAGUAUCUCGAUAAAACUCACUUCAGGAACCCGCCGAAAGUCGAGAUUGAUCGCGAUGGCAUACCAAGGUACCGUGGUGAAGCCGAUGAAGCCGAGCCCUCUCCAAGGGCGACAAUGGCAGCUCCACCGUCGAAUGGCGCACCUCUUCUAGCAGAAUCGAGGGGCGAUGGCGACAACGAGUUUCAAGGAAAACGUUCGAAACGGUAUGACCCAUAUAACACAGGGUCAAAACGUCCCCGUAAAAAGGUCUCGACACAG